AUGGUUGAAUGUGGCUCGUCUGCGAAGGAGGAGCCAGGUGCGGGCCAAGUUGCAAACCACGUCCAGCCUCCGCCGGCCUCCACGAUUUCCUCAUCUGAACCUCCAGUCCCAGACGAGCCGCCGCAAUGGGAGCGUGUGUUGUGGCGUAGGCAGCCAUUUCCAGACAACUAUGUUCCACCUUCCUUUUUGGCCGAGCUGACAGCACGUCCUGCUCUUCCCGUAUCGCAGCACAUGGCCGUGAUUGCGCUCUUUCUCGCAGUCUACUACGGCAUGUUGGAGGGCACGCUGUCGCCUACCGGCGUGGGGUGGUCCUGCGCGAUGAUCGGUCUGGUCGCCUACGCCCUGUGGCGGAUAGGCUGGGAGACGAAGGGAAAAGACGAACACCCAUCCGGGCCUGACUCUGCUAUCCGACCGCUGCUCCUGCCACCGCUGCUGCUCUCGCUUCUCUCGCCUGUCCUCGGUACGCUGACAUCGGCCACUACAUCGGACACGAUCUGGCCAUUGGCAGGCAUGCUGUUCUUCGUACAUCUUCUGUUGUCGGACUUCUCGACGGGCCCUGAUGCGCGGAAACGCAGACGGCGGCGACGGAAGCGCGCCAACAGCGGCGUAAGCGGCAUGGUCGCUGUCGCCGAGGAGCAGAACACCCUGACCUCUGCGCUAAGUGCGAGCGUCGUGCUCGCAUCGCGACUGCCAUCGACAGCGCACGUGUUCAGCCUCGUCAUGCUCGCUGCUGGUCUGUUCGCCGGCUGGCCCACGCUCGCGAAGGGCGUCCGCGAGUCUGGAAAGCGGUUCUCAAUCGCGCUCACGUCCUCCAUGAUCUGGCUGGGAUGCUCGAUGUUGCCCAGCUUUGCGACGAUCGUGACUUUCCUCGCUAUCCUGGCCGUGGUGAACCUUGGUGGGCCGCUCAUGCUCUGGUACGCCUGGCGGUGGAAGCGCCAGCUGGGAGGAGACUGGGACGUGGCAGUUAUGAAUAGAUUAAUCUCUGACUGGUGUCCUGAGAAAGACAGUGUGGGCACUAUCUAG